ACGUAUACACUACGAUGCCAUACAUUUUUAUAACGGUGUAACAGCAAUGCAUUGAUUGGAUUUGUACAGUAAGCAUCACACGCACUACACACACAAUUCGUAGUUUUCGGCUCGUUCGUUCGACCAUCCAGCAGCCAGGCCAUCACAUCACAUCACACUACUAGUACUAGUACUAUAAAUCCUACACAGCUAGCUAGCAGCAGUCAGUAGAGUGUGUAUUGUCAAUGAGUAAGGUUUCCUGGCUGAAUUUUUGCACCUCAAGCAUCUACCUAGGGCGCAAAUUGUUCUACCAUUGUCGAAACAAAGUAAGGCAAGUGAAAACUGAAGUCGCAAGUCAAAGAACUGCAUGGAGAUUGGAACAAUUUGGUGCUGUAUCUACGAAGUAAUGAACGUGAAUUAUAUCGAUGUCUUCGUUUAGUUCAGGGGUUCGACACCCACCACACGAAAGGCUGGCACCAUGUUUAUUGUAGGGCUUUAUUUUAUGCAAAUUAGUCGAUAGCUAUAGCCUUUGACCUACGUGUUGUUGUACACACGAGCACGUGGGAUUGAGAAACUCGAACUUUUGGGUGUUUUCAAGAUGUCGGGACAGGCUGAAACUUUUGCAGCUAAUGCUGGUCAUACUGAUUCUUGGGAUAAGAGGCCAGGAACAGUCAACACUUCUUCGAUUUGUGGCAUUUCUGGGAGUGAAGCUUGGUCAAGGCCAGAUGAUGAGGGGAAUUUUUCAAGUUACAGUUUAUCAACAUCAACGAAUGAUCCACCUACUAAACAUGAGCACAGUGACAAUUGUCAACAGUUGUCUAGCAAACAAUCACAUGAUACAGAAGAUGCCAGCACCAAAAAGAAACGUCAAAACACAUCUGCAAACCCAGGAAACCACAAACAGAUGGGACGGAAACGCCGAAAAACAAGCGAGCGAAAUACCACUCAUGCCCAUUUCUUAAUGGGGGGUUGUAUGACAGAUCCCUUGAACCUGAAUAGUCUCUGCAAUGAAGAAAUCUCCCGUGUGCUGAAUGCUGCUACUCCAAUCUCGUCCCCACUUCCACAUGUUAAUAAAGACCCAAAUCCAGUCAUUGUCCCAAUCGAUGUAACGGACCCAUUGCAGCUCAAUACUGUGUUCAGUCAGACUGAUGAUGAAGCAAACUUGACGCGAACCCUGACACCAAAGUCCGCUGGAAAGAAGAGGAAGAAACGAACGGACAAACCUAGUGAGUCGCACAGUGCUGAUGAAGCUACCAUCAUUAACAAGCCGGCUAACUUGAAGUUGGACGGCAUUAAGCCACUUCACCAUGGAAGCACGUCAACAAUUCCUGAUAAAAUAGUCUCCCCAGUUUUGCCAGAUUGUGGGCCAAGUUAUCGCAAGCGCAAGAAGCAGGAACCAACCACCAAAAUCUCCCGAGCUCUCCUGGUUAUGGAACCAGAACCUAAAUCAGCAGCCGAAACGUCAGAGAAGACGUCAACUCAAAAUCAAAUCACAGAUAGAGUAACACCUGAGAAACGCAAAUACAAACGACAAACCAGCAAAGAAACCAAAGUACAGCCAAAGUUCAAAGACCAAAACAAGAAAUUUCAAUAUGGAAAUUACCAUCGUUACUAUGGUUACCGAAAUCCAGAUCAAGAAGAUGACCCUAGAGUUUCGUUUCUAAAGAGAGACUGGUUUCAAGGGAAGACGUGUUUAGACAUUGGCUGCAACUCUGGUCAUGUGACUCUCUUUGUUGCCAAAACAUUUAGCCCAGAACGAAUCACAGGCAUCGACAUCGACCCGGUUCUAAUUGGGAUCGCUCGAAAAAACAUCCUCCACUGUCUUGAAGGAGAAAAAGACAAGAAACAGCACAAGUUCCCAGCCUCCAUGGAGAAGUUGUAUGGACCGAUCACACCGAGAGGGCAUUCAAAACAGACGUCUUCAUCAAAGUUCCCUGGAAACAUUCUCUUCAGAUGCGCCAAUUAUGUUCCAGAGAAUGAGGCAAUUUUGGAGCUACAGAAACCAGAAUAUGACACUAUUCUGUGUCUCAGUGUCACAAAAUGGAUCCAUCUCAACUGGGGAGAUGCUGGUCUCAAGAAAAUGUUCCGGAGAGUCUUCCUGGCUCUGCGUCCCGGAGGACGGUUCAUCUUAGAACCUCAGGCCUGGCCCUCCUAUACUAAGAAGAAGAAACUAACAGAGACAAUCUAUAAGAACUACAAGCAGAUUCAGUUGAAGCCGGAUAAGUUUAAAGAUUAUCUUCUCUCCAGUGCCAUAGGAUUCUCCAGUUGUGAGACCAUUGGGACGCCACUCAAUAAAUCCAAAGGUUUCUGCCGUCCCAUUUUGAUGUUCACGAAGUUGACGCCACGAUCUAGCACAACCAAGUCAAGUGUAACCUCCUCAAAGCACACGUCGUCCAAGGGACUUGAUGAUGGAAGCACAGGUAAAGUGUCAUCUGGUCAUAUCAAGCAAUUGCACGCCCCAACUACACACGCCAACACCACAAUCCCGAAUCUUAGCAAAGACAGAGAAUCUAAUAAAGGUAAUGUGUCAUCCACUGACCCUUCAACCUCAUUCAUUCGGCAAGAUGUCCCAAACAAGGACAAGGAGAGCACUGUGAUUAACCCUGAGAGGGAGAUUGCAGACGACUCUACAACCUCGACAGUCCAACAUCAAACCCCAAGCAAGCAAAGCAAGAGUUCAUUGGUUAACCCUGAGAAGGAGAUUGCAGACGACUCUACAACCUCGACAGUCCAACAUCAAACCCCAAGCAAGCAAAGCAAGAUGUCAUUGGUUAACCCUGAGAAGGAGAUUGCAGACGACUCUACAACCUCGACAGUCCAACAUCAAACCCCAAGCAAGCAAAGCAAGAGUUCAUUAGUUAACCCUGAGAAGGAGAUUGCAGACGACUCUACAACCUCGUCAGUCCAACAUCAAACCCAAAGCAAGCAAAGCAAGAGGUCAUUGCUUAACCCUGAGAAGGAGAUUGCAGACGACUCUACAUCCUUGACAGUCCAACAUCAAACCCCAAGCAAACAAAGCAAGAGUUCAUUAGUUAACCCUGAGAAGGAGAUUGCAGACGACUCUACAACCUUGUCAGUCCAACAUCAAACCCAAAGCAAGCAAAGCAAGAGGUCAUUGGUCAACCCUGAGAAGGAGAUUGCAGCUGAUAAAGGUAAAGACUGUAAAGCCUUGAUAUCACAGACUCCAAUUCACCACAGUAAGAGGUCAGAAGACAAAGAUGCUGUGAAGGUUGGUGUAACCCUUGAUGAAGAAUCUCACGCGUCAUCAGAAACCAAGUCACAGAUUUCACCUGAUGGUGGUAUUAACUUGACUGAGAAGGUGAAAACAGAUAACGAUGAUGUUAAAGUGAUCUUGAAUGCUGGUGAGUUGAGUUCUAGCCAUGAUACAGAAUCCAACUCGCCUCCAGCUAAGAGAGUCAAGACCAAAUAGGCUGCAGAAAAAGUCAUAAAGCCCAGUUCAUAUUCCUGCGAAUGCGAAUACGAUGCGAAUUUGAUGUCACAACUCUGUUUUUCGCAGCGAUAUUCGCAUGAGAGUUGAGCACAACUCAACCCCUGCGAAUUAUUCGUUGCGAAUAUGUGACAUCAAUAUUCAUUUCGCAUUCGCAAGUAUGAACCGGGCUAACCCUGCAUCACAGCCUGGGCUUCAUGUAUCUACAUGUGGCCAGGGACAGUUUUUGUAUGUUCACCAAAAAAUGAACCUCCCUAUAAGUAUUUGAAGCUUUGCAUGGUGUGGAGAAAUAAUGAGAAACUAUAAAUAAAUAGUGAAC